AAUGAGAAGGCUUUGGGGCAUUCCGUGAGCCGCUCUAGUAACAUCUCAAAGGCUGGAAGUCCAACCGCUGUCUCUGCCCCUCAUAGCUUCUCUCGGACUUCUGUUACACCAUCCAACCAGGACAUCUGCAGUUCCAGUGCAGUGUUUUCUGAGUGUUGUCAUCACAAUCCAGUGCAGUCUGCUGUUGUCUUGAAAAAUCCUCACUGCCAGAGCCCUCUGACACAAGGGGUCACUGUGACAGUAAUCUCUCAGGACACACUGCAUGCAGCAAAGAGAAACUCCCGUGGGCAGGAUCGGGGACAGGCACUCAGGUCUGCUAAGAAUGUAAAGCCCACCCGCACCCUGAAAUUCUCCAGGUCCCUCAAUGACGUGGACCAGAAGGCACAGAGCACCAGUGAGUGCUUUAACUAUGUGGACCGAACACGCUCAGAAGGCAAACUGAUCCCGACUCAAGAGCAGUGUUUAAGGAUUAACAAGUUUAAUCUUAAAGAGAGGAAACCACUAAACCUCAGGCCUCUUUCUUUUAGCAAUUCUAAGCACUCCUACAUCCCUUCCCUUUCCAACUACUCAAGUGCAUCGGGAGGAGCAGAGAACCACAGCACUGUGCAUAUCCCUUUGCUGGAGGACAAAGUGGACCACGACACCUCAAGGAGCAAAAAACUGUUGCGUUACCUUUUUUCCUUCUCCCACACCUCCAGCACCAGCAGCCUGCAUAAAUUCCAUGAGCUGGAGAGCUAUUCCAGUCACUUCCAAGCUGAGAAGUCCUCCAGCAUGCUGGUGGAAAGCACGGACUUCUGCUCUGAUGACAUGGGAGACGAUGACGUCUUUGAGGACAGCACCUCAGUGAAACUGAAAACAAAAGAGCAGCGGGCGCCACUCUGUUCAGUUGAGAAGGACAGUGACCUUGACUGCCCUUCCCCCCUCUCAGAAAAAUUCCCCCCUCUCUCCCCUGUGUCCACAUCAGGGGAUACCUGCAGGAUAUGUCACUGUGAAGGAGAUGAUGAGAGCCCUUUGAUUACCCCCUGUCACUGCACGGGAAGUCUUCAUUUUGUGCACCAAGCCUGCCUGCAGCAAUGGAUCAAGAGCUCAGAUACACGAAGCUGUGAAUUGUGCAAGUACGAGUUCAUCAUGGAGACAAAACUGAAGCCUUUGCGAAAG